AUGACGCGCAUCCCAACAUCCGCGCUCAGCAGAUACCUGCUCGGUGGGCAAUUAUCGCGACGCGGUUGUAUCGGUGCGUGUCAAGUUUUGAGGCAAUCGGCUAUAACACGGUCAGCUGCGUUGGGAUGCUGCCCAGUCAGGUCGUUCCACGCUGCCCCCGAGGUCUCUGACCCCACUCCACCCGCACAGCCGGUGCCUCUACGCAAGCAGUUACGGGAAGAGGCAAAACAGGCGAAGAAGCAGGGAAAGAAGAAGUCAAAAGGGGACUCUCAGACAGUCGAUGGUUGGGAGUUGACAGUAGGCAUCGAGAUUCAUGCCCAGCUGAAUACAUCACGCAAACUGUUCUCACCAGCCGUUACAUCAUUCAACGAUGAACCUAACACCCAUGUCGCACUUUUCGAUGUCGCCAUGCCGGGCAGCCAGCCUCUCUUCCAGAAAGAGACUCUCGUCCCAGCCCUACGCGCAGCCUUAGCUCUCAAUUGCGACAUUCAGAAGGUCAGUCGCUUCGACAGGAAGCACUACUUCUGGUGGGACCAGCCAUCCGGUUACCAGAUUACUCAGUACUAUGAACCGUUUGCCAAAAAUGGCCACAUCACCCUCCUAGCCCGAGAUGGAAUCUCUCCCCAAGAUGGUGAGAGCGUGACUGUGGGGAUCGAGCAAGUCCAGCUUGAGCAAGAUACCGCCAAGACACUGGCCCAAACAGACAACAUUCACUGGCUAGAUUUCAACCGAGUUGGUGUACCGCUCAUCGAGAUUAUCACCAAACCCGAAAUGCACCACCCUCGCACUGCGGCCGUUUUUGUCCGCAAGAUCCAGUCAUUGCUGAACACAGUCGAUGCAUGCGUGUCCGGCAUGGAGACGGGAGGUCUGCGAGCCGACGUCAAUGUGUCCGUUCGCAGGACUGACGGGACCGACGUCUCCCUUGGCACUAGGACCGAGAUAAAGAACCUGAGUACCAUUAAGGCAAUUGAGGAUGCCAUUAUCUCUGAGCGAGACCGUCAAAUUCGCGAACUCGAAGCUGGAGGCUCCAUUGCUAGCGAGACUCGCGGUUGGAGCAUUGGCGCAACAGAGACUCGUCGACUGCGAGGAAAAGAAGGAGAAGUGGACUAUCGCUACAUGCCUGAUCCAGACAUUGCACCUCUUGUCAUUGGCGACGAUCUCGUGAGCCACCUCCGAGAGUCUCUUGCCGUGUCAUCGGAUUCAGAACUUGACACAUUGAUUUCCUACUUUGGUCUCACGUCAAAGGAUGCGCUGUCUCUCGUCAACCUCGAGAAUGGAGCGCGUGUGCAAUACUUCUACAAAAUACUAAGGUCUCUUGAGGAAAAGCUCGCUGGCGACCUCCCCGGGGCAGAACUUCCAGACAUUAAGAGCUACGCCUCGGUCGCUAGAAAUUGGAUCAUUCAUGAAUUGGGUCGUCUAACUACAUACAAAGCAGGCCCACUUGCAGCCAGAGAUCUUUCAUUUACUCCGGAAGGAGAUUGCGAACAAGUCCCCGAUUCGGACCUUUCGCAACUGCUCUACCAUCUCAUCCAGAAGCAAAUCACCGGAAAGGUUGCAAAAGAGCUCCUAUUUUCCAUUUACUUCAAAGAGAUUGAGGGAGGAGUGACUCAAGCGAUCAAGGACAAUGAUUUGUGGUUCAAAGAGAUUUCCCAGGAAGAAUAUGAGCUUCUCGCCGACGAGGUCAUGGCCAAGGAGGAGAAAGUGCUCCAGGAGUUUGUCGGAUACACGAAAUUCCCCCAGGGGAAGCUGAUGUACCUCGUGGGCAAGCUCAUGCGGCUCGGGCCAACCGAGGGGAUCGUCCCUGCAACCGCCGAGAAGGUCCUGAGGGCCAAGGUCGACCUCCUUCGACAAGGCUGA